CAUCACUUUACUUCUUCCGAUGCCCUCACGAACCAGAUCUAAGCGCCUCAGAUCAAUCUCACCGGGGUCAACAGUAGCUUCCACUGUCACCGUACGCCGUCGUGUAGGCCGAGGACGCUCGGCAGCACCUAGUUCCGUCUACACCGAGACCCCUCGACCCGCUGCUCCUACUCCACCGGGACUCAAUAUCUUAACCUCCCUCUCUGUCUCUCAAUUUUGGCCAUCUGAUCGCAGAUUCGUGGUGGUAGAUGAUGUCUGGGCUGAGGAAGAGCUUGCAUGGCUCCGAUCUGAGAUUCAAACCAUUGGAGGAGUCAUUCAAACCGACCCGAUUCGAGUGACGAUGAUGGAUUACCUCGUCAUCCCAUCGCCAUCAGAGGAGCGAAUUCCUAAUUCUGGGCUAGGUCCGCGACUCAGCCUGGGUAUCACUCAUCCUGAGCUCUCCAAUCUUCAACGAGUCUCCCGACGCUGGAUCAAACUCUGCGUUUUCCGGGGACAGGUAUUAGAUCCUGACGGACCUGUGGGGGACAUGUCCGGUGUUCAACCCCGGGCUGGACCUUCAGGAGACCCAUCAUUAUUGUCUACCACAGCCACUGCUCGACAUGCAAAGUCUCCCCUCGACUUCGCCCAACGCGAGCUAGCGCAUGAUGUCCUGGAAGCCAUGGAUCGCUUUGACUGGUCACAACGAGGUGCCAGGACCAAGUUUUAUGCCCAUUUCGAUGUCGAACAGCCCCGACAGAACCAGAGCCUUCCCAUGCACAUUUCAAAUUUCAUUGGCCGUAACCUAGCCUUGUUCGAGCACGCCUGUCCCGCUUUCGCUGCCACUGCAGUUCCCGGAAGGCGUGGCGCUGGUUUGCAUACCAGACGUCGGCGCAAGAUGGACGAGGGUACAUCCCCGAUCGCUGAGAUCAAUGAAGCGACACCUCCCCCAAGCCACGACGCCGGUCCGCCAACUCCCAGAUCUCUUGCCUCCUCGCGGCACACGGCUGAUCCUUCGACGGCUCGACUAGAGGACUCGGAGGCAUCCGUCAGUACAUCAGACUUCCAGUCAUCCUUUGACGAUGAUGGGGGCUUUGCGGGUAGUGACAGUGAUUAUGAUCAUGAUUCGGCAUUCUCAACUUCAGAUAGCACCCGGCUUAUACGUCUUGAAGAUAUGGUCUCACAGUCGCCCGAGAAGUUGCCACCUGCCGCUGGAUCUCCGAUCUUGACUGCUGCAUCUGAUCGUUCAGAAUCUCCCGGACCCAUACCGGCACCCCUCUCACAUGAAACAUCCCCGAAUCCUUCGGAAGUGAUCCAGCACGCUCUCGGAACCUCAUUAAAUACUUCACAGAUUGCAAGUUAUGACUUGAGGUUGUGGUGCUCCUCUGUGGAGGCUUGGGCCAAGGCACCUGCUAAUGCUGGACGUUCAGCGUUCCCUUCGUUGUCAUCCUGCCAAGCCCUUUGCUCAUCUUUGGGCCGGCUCCCUCCUGAUGAGACUUCCGGCGAAGAAAUAUCCUUUGUGGCACCCCGAUCCGUGGAUCUGGUUUCAGACUUAUGGGUUCUCAUGCGUUCGAUCUUGCAGCACAAGCUCUUCCAGUUCGACCAUAGGACUGACCAUAGGACAGCCAGAUCUGGCAUUCAAUCGAGCAAUUCUGACAAAUCUUCAAGCUCUCGAGCCAUCCGAAUAUUGGAUCAGGAACCACUUUCAGUCUACCGAAUCGCUACACAAGAUGAUCAGUACAGCAAUGUCCCCUUCUCGCAGGUGACACUCAAAUGCCAAGCCUGGCGAGCGAUCACUGUCUCCGCUUUGGACAUCCCUCGUCUUCUGGCUUUCGAAGUCAACAGUAUCUGGUAUGGUAUUGUUAUCGAUCCUUGCGACCGAGUGAUCACAUGCUUUGAUCCCUGCAGCCAGACAGUGGACUCUGGUGAAGAUAUCUCACAGCUUGUGAUGGACUUCUGGGACGAUGCUCUAUUCGAAGCUGGCGCUGAGCCCAGCUCGUCGGCGUUCACUACCUCGGUACAACUGCUAUCUCAACCUUUCCAGCCCGAAGUAUCCUCAGCCGCAACGCUUGCAUGGUUGAUCCAUGUUAUUAGCCGCUGGGACGAGAGUAUAUCAAUCCCGGCUCCGCUCGAAUACGAGCGUGAAGAUCGUCUACGUUACCUUCGAUCCCUCAUCCAGAGCAGUUUAUGGGAUAUUGCGGCUAAUGCUAUACCAGGUCAAGUUGAUACAUAUUUGUAGGAGAUCGCGCUAGAGAGCUCGGGGGAUCCACAACAGUACUUGGUAUCGAAAUUAGCCAUGAGUACUCAAGGGAAUACGACAGGGUUUCAACAUAGCUGCUUUAAUGCUUUUUGUAAUGUCAACGGGGGAAAGUCGCUUCUUCUAUAUGAGGAGAUCGAGUACAAGCAUAGCAUUGUGGUAUACUGUAUGCACGUUUCAUCUGCGG